AUGUCCAUCACUGUCCACGCAGCCGAUUCGGUGUCUGAGUCUUCAUCAUCCGUUGGGAAGCAACACAUUCCAGUCUUCAAGUCCGAGAUGGGAGGAGAAGAAAGCCACGAGGAGCACGCCUCCGGCACCAUGACCCCGCCUCAGCGGGAAGAGGAGCUGUGGUGGUCUCGCGUCCGCGAGAACCUCCAGGACGGCUUCUCCGAGUUCUUCGGCACCAUGAUCCUCGUCAUGUUUGGUGACGGUGUCGUUGCCCAAGUCGUGUUGAGUAACAGCACAAAGGGUGACUAUCAGAGUAUUUCCUGGGGAUGGGGCCUGGGUGUCAUGCUCGGCGUCUACGUCGGCAAAAAAUCCGGUGGUCACCUUAACCCAGCAGUGACGCUUGCCAACUGCGUGUACCGUGGCAUGCCUUGGCGCAAGUUCCCCAUCUACUUCAUCGGCCAGCUUCUCGGAGCCAUGGCUGCCGCCUUCAUCCUGUACGGUAACUACAUGCCCGCCAUUGACAAUUUUGAGGGCAAGGGCAUCCGCACCGUCAGCGGUCCCACUGCUACCGCCGGCAUUUUCUGCACCUACCCGGCCGAAUUCAUGACCCGGACAGCCAUGUUCUGGUCCGAGUUCAUCUGCUCCAGUCUCCUUCAGCUCGUCAUCUUCGCCCUCGCCGACCCCGCCAACGGUGCCGCUGGACCAUUCAUGCCGCUUGCUCUUUUCUUCCUCAUCUUUGGCAUUGGCGCCUGCUGGGGUUGGGAGACAGGAUACGCCAUUAACCUCGCCCGUGACUUCGGUCCCCGCUUGGUUUCGUACAUUGUCGGAUACGGACAUGAGGUGUGGUCCGCCGGUGGAUACUACUUCUGGAUCCCCAUGGUCGCUCCGUUCCUUGGUACCCUCUUCGGAGGCUUCCUGUACGACGUUUUCCUCUACACGGGUGAGAGCCCCAUCAACUCCCCAUACUUCGGCCUCAAGCGCCUGGUCCAGCCGCGUCGUGACGUCUGGUCCAACACUUAUAAGAACAACAUGGAGAGCAAGGUCUAG